AUCAUGACCCUUUAUUCCGUUGAUUGAUCUAGUGUUGUUUCAUUGUAAUCACUAUGAGUGAAAAGGGAUAUUUGUUCAAGGGUCUGACUGGUUCAUGUUAAGUCCAGAACUCAUAAGCGACAUGCUGAGAAUUUAUGGAGAUGAUUAUGUUUUUUCACAAUCACUCUUCUUCUCUGUCGUCGGUUACCCAAGCCAAGAUGCAUUGCAUACUUGAGACUUUUGAUCCGAUUCUGACCCCUUUGGUAUUUUUUAUUUUAUUUUUCUGGGGUUUCAAUGGAGGUGAGAAGAGCAGUUGCCGGUGGAGGUGGGGAAGCAACACCCACCAACGUCGAAGGAUGAGUUUUCUUAUUGGCAUCACAAGAUGCAUCAUGAUGAUGAGGAUGAUUCAACCUAGGAGAGGAUCGUGGUUGGCCAUUGGAGAAGGAGGAAGAAAUCGCAAAGGGCAGAUGCAGUGGGUGGGAGAGGAAGCGAAAGAGAUUUGUUCUAUUUUUUAAUUAAUAAUUUUAAUUAAUAAUGUACUUUGGUUUUCUAAUAAAUGUAUAUAGUAAGUUGUGAACAAUAAUUGUCAUUAAUAUCAAAGAAAAUUUCUUAAAGAAAAUGUCAUUGAAUAAUA